AUGGCGUUGGAGGACGACGACUGGGACUUGAGCGCCGAAGAACUCGAUUCUCUCGAAAGAGACGCUUUCCAGAAACUCGCUCAGCAAUGCAUCAACUCUGCUUCUGCUUGUUCUUCCUCUUCUUCUUCUUCACAUAAUCACCACCAGCUGCAUCCGUCUUUACUUCCACGAAUUGCUUCCAAAGCUCCCCUGCAAAACCCAUUCCCAAUUCUCUUCCUAACAAGUAAUUUCUGCAUAUCUCUCGGCUCCUUUCUCCAACUUGUUGCCUUUUUGCAAGAAGAUGAACGUCUGAAGGAGCUACCUAAGCUCUCUGUCAAAUUUUUUCUUCAUGCUAGUGGAAACAUUGCCACAACAUUUCCUUAUAACCAGGUGCUAGUAGGUGCUGUGCGCAAGGUCCCCAAAUCCUCAUGGAAUGCAAAAGAGAGGUUAUGGAUGUUCCCUAUAUCUUCUUUGUCAUCAGCAGAAAAAUUUCUUCAUGAAACUUCUGGUGUUAAUGUUGAGGUAGAGAACGUAGAUCCCUUAGUUCACCUCGCUAUUGCUGCUGCGUCUGUUUUUCCGGAUAUUCUAGGCUCAUCCAUUCCUUCAGCAGCCACAGGCACAGAGAGCUAUCAUCCGAUCCGAGUUUGUCAGCCGUCCUCAGCUCACAGCCACCACCUUCAAUGGCCAGUGCUUCACUCAGCCUCUUCAUCAUAA